UUUCUUCCGCGUUGGUCUGGACGUGGCACCGAGGAGGAGCUGCGCGCGCCCCGGUUCUUCUCCGCCUGUCCCCGGUGUGCUCCCGGUCUGCUCCCCGGCUUCUCAGCAGCUGUUCCCGGACUGACUGACCGGCCGACCUCCGCCUGCUGCUCCCCGGGACACUCCAGUAAAAUGGGCCUGACCAUCUCGUCCCUGUUCGCCCGGUUCUUCGGGAAGAAGCAGAUGAGGAUCCUGAUGGUUGGUUUAGACGCAGCUGGAAAAACCACGAUUCUGUACAAACUGAAGCUCGGCGAGAUCGUCACCACCAUCCCAACCAUCGGUUUUAACGUGGAGACGGUCGAGUAUAAGAACAUCUGUUUCACGGUCUGGGACGUCGGGGGUCAGGACAAGAUCCGACCCCUGUGGAGACACUACUUCCAGAACACACAGGGUCUGAUUUUUGUGGUGGACAGUAACGACAGAGAGCGGGUCCCAGAGUCGGCAGAGGAACUCAACAAGAUGAUCCAGGAGGACGAGUUGAAGGACGCCGUUCUUCUUGUGUUUGCGAACAAACAGGAUCUUCCAAACGCGAUGAGCGUCACUGAACUGACCGACAAGCUGGGUCUGAACAACCUCCGCAUCCGAACGUGGCACAUUCAGGCGACCUGCGCCACGCAAGGGACGGGGCUGUACGAGGGUCUGGACUGGUUGUCCAAUGAGCUGUCAAAGCGCUAAACCCCCGAACGCGAAACAGGAAGUGACCUGUACAAACGGAGGACGAGCGGUUCGCAGACUGUUUUUGUUUUUUAAAUUAUAAAUGUGUCGUAAGAGGAAGUGAUGUCAUGGACUCUGGGCUCACCUUCAUUUCACAUCAUACUCUACUCUUCUGUUCUUCCUGCAGAUGUUUGUUCAUCUGUCUUUCUUUUAAUCCGCAUGUUUUAACUGAAUCAUGUGAGUGCAGGGGUCGGGAGGGGCGGGGCUAACGACAGGUGACAGUUACCACUGUGGGCGGGGCUACCAGCAGCUGACGGUGACCUGUCGUGAUGACUCAUUCCACAGAGCCGUCCCUGAACGCCUCGUCAUUCCUAAUUAAUGUGAAGAAGAAAUGGAGAUAAUGCAAUAAAGUUUUUUUUCUUCA